ACCAGAUCUCUCCCGCUCUAUAAAUAUCCCGGAUUUCCUGAUGGAACGAUCCCUUUAAUUCUUCCUUUUCUCAUUCAAGGCGUUUUGCGGGGAGUUACCUUCUGGAGGAGGAGAAGAGAGCUCGCUCGAGGCGAGAGAGGUUAUGCCGAAAGGCGUAGAGAUUGUGCCCUGUUGUGUUCUCGAGGGCUUAAAAAGGUUAGUCAAGAUAUGGAGCAAGUGCACCUUUGGUCAAAUUGCUACCAGUACCGGGUCUUGUCAUUCCAGGAGGCUCUUGACUGGCGGUUCCUCAUUCUCGGAAAAUUCCUUCUCAUUUCCUUUGUCAACUGCACUUAGCUGCCAAUUGCUCUUACAUGAUCAUCACGCAAGACCUAAUGCAACUUUAUUCUGAAACUGGUGUUGGAUCUCUACAGCACUUCAAUGCGUCACCAACACAACUUUCACAUGGAGUCAGCGUGAGGUCAAGAGUGCUUGACAUUUUGGAAACAUUAGGGGUUGAAGUCUGCAAGUUGACGGGGUCCUUUUUCAUUUAGUAGUAGAUGUACCCCUUGUAUUUCUGCCAUGCAGACUUAGCAGCAGUUGUCUGAUUCCAUUCAUUGUUCCUGACGAUACGAGGUUAGCAUGAUGAAUUGUCAGAGAACCUAAACUCGAAAGAAGUUCUAUAUAAGAUCCAUGAAGACCUUGUGUGACAAGACCUUGAUCACUGGGUUUUAUUGACUAGUGAGCGAAGGCAUCUUUUCAGGCUGGAAAUACUUUCUGUUUUGGCGGUUCCAGGAUUGGAGGCAAGAUGCAUUGCAUUCUGACAGCGCUGAUAUCAUUUAAAUCAGAUCACAGCCUCGGAGAUGUGAUUCAAGAGUUAGUAGUAAAUAAGGCUUCGAAGCCCAUCCAUCAGCAGGAUAAGAAAUUCGCAUCAAUGCAAAUCAUGAGUCAAAAUUAAUGGUGGAUUUGGCUGGAAAGCUUAUCUAUAUUCUCUAGCAUAUUGAAAAAGUUUGUCUUUUGAAGCAAUACAUCGUAGGUCAGAUCAGAUACGUCAUCCUUACGUUGUGCAUUUUUUCUUGAAUAAGAAAGAGCCACACGCUUUAAGAGGCACACUGGUAUUUCUCAAGCAAAAUGGAUCGGUACAAAGUAAUUAAGGAAGUUGGUGAUGGGACCUUUGGGAGCGUCUGGCGCGCAAUUAAUAAGCAGACUGGUGAAGUUGUUGCUAUUAAAAGAAUGAAGAGAAAGUACUAUUCUUGGGAGGAGUGCAUGAAUCUUAGAGAAGUAAAGUCCUUACGGAAGAUGAACCAUCCCAACAUUGUGAAGCUGAAGGAGGUUAUCAGAGAAAAUGAUGUCUUGUACUUCGUUUUUGAGUAUAUGGAGUGCAACCUUUAUCAGCUCAUGAAAGAUAGGGGAAAACUUUUUUCAGAGAUUGAAGUCAGGAAUUGGUGCUUCCAAGUAUUUCAAGCUCUUGCUUACAUGCACCAGCGUGGAUAUUUCCAUCGUGAUCUUAAGCCAGAGAAUCUUUUGGUUACAAAAGACAUCAUCAAAAUUGCUGAUUUUGGUCUUGCUCGUGAAGUCUGCUCUCAGCCUCCAUAUACUGAAUAUGUUUCAACACGCUGGUACCGAGCACCUGAAGUUUUGCUUCAGUCACCCGUAUAUGAUUCUGCUGUUGAUAUGUGGGCAAUGGGAGCAAUCAUGGCUGAGUUGUUUACUCUCCGUCCUCUCUUUCCUGGUUCAAGCGAAGCAGAUGAAAUAUACAAGAUAUGUGGUGUGAUAGGUAGUCCGAACCAGAAUACUUGGGCUGAAGGGCUGCAACUUGCAAAUGCGAUCAAAUACCAAUUCCCCCAGUUUGCGAGUGUCCAUCUUUCGCUGCUGAUGCCAUCGGCCAGUGGGGAUGCUAUCAACCUUAUCUCGUCACUUUGUUCAUGGGAUCCCAGCAGGAGACCAACUGCAGCAGAGGCUCUUCAGCACCCUUUUUUCCAGCCCUGCUUUUACAUUCCACCAUCACUUCGAAUGAGAGCAGCAACCCCUAGAACUCCUCCACCUGCUGGAAUGACGGGAACUUUGGAGCAGAAGAGUACUAGAAGAUAUCCCUCUACUUUAUCUAAUGCAAAACCUGCAAGCAACUUCUCUUCUGCAAAGAUUCAUGCUUCUUUAAGUUCAGGGGUGCAAAGAAAGCUGGAAAUGGAUUACCAGGAGGAAACUAAAAAUCAGAAAUCAGCACAGAGCGGCACCACCCAACAACCAAGAUAUCGACCACCUGCAAGAAACCACCCAGGGUCUGUUUAUUCAAGCAGAAGUACGUAUGGAGUUGCUGAUGCAGCCGAGAAGCUGGCGCAAAUGACGGUUAGCUCUGGAAGACAGCCAGUGAGGCCACCACCACCAACUCAAAUGAAAGCUGGAGGGUGGCAUGGCCACUCUGAAUUCCUUGUUCGGUCUACUAGUCAUGAGAUACCGGCAGCAGCUAGGAGUUAUUCCAGGAGGGUUGUGGGCUGAAUAAAAGCCUCUUCUUGGGGCUGGGGAGCCUCCCCGUUGUGGAGAAAGAGAAGCUUAUAUAUCUAUCUAUCUAUAUAUAUGGCUUUGUGCGCAUCCAUGGACGUAAUUCUUCUCUUCUGUAGCUAAAGAAAUUGAUGUCUACUACAUUUUUACAGUUUUAUAUUAUGGAGGUGACUUUGAAUUCUUGUUUUUAACUAUUAGUAUGUGAACUUAAUUAUCUAAUGAAAUGUCUGUUUACACA